CGGGCCCCAGUUACCUAGCAACAGCAAACGAUAUAAGUGCAGAAUUCGCACGACAUUUUAAUUUACGUGUUUAUUUAAUUUUCUACAAGUUUUACAAUGCCGAAAGUUAUCAAUAAGAACCCUCACGAGGGUAUACCAUAUCACACCUUGCAUUUUGGUGACGAGCCGGGCUGCUACCAGUUACAUAGACCAUCGCAAUGCCGCCUCAAGUUCCCUAUCACCAAGAAGCCGAUUCACAAAUGCGAGCCGGAACCAAAGGAGACGGUGAUGAUCCCGCAGACAGGCAGCUUCAGGAAACUGCUCAUCCCCAAGAGGAGGCCCAACUACUACCCCGCGAUCAUGCACAAGUCUGAGUUCGAUAGGCUGAAGAAACAGGCCAAGAUAGUCUCUCAAGAAGAGCAGCUAGCAGCCAUGCACGCCCAAGAGACGGCCAUUCAGAAGGCGGCCAAAGCUUCUGAGGCCAGGAAGCAGCAGCUCAAGAAGAACCUCAAGCCGCAGCCAGGAGCUGAAACUGCCACGGGCACUGCCGACCCUGAGCUUGAGGGACCCGACCAGGCCGCUCAUACUUUGUCGAGGGCUGAGAUGCUCCGCGCGGACGACAUGCAAGGUCCACGGCUGUGCAACCGCAUCAUCCUGGCGUCCAAGUGCCACGCCAUCAGAGACGCGCAGAUCACGGAGAAGGAGCUCAUCAAGAAGGAGCUUGAUGAGGAACAGAGGAGACUGGACGCCAUAAUGGAGGAGAACCGCACCCGCGCGGUGACUCGCGGCGAGGAGGAGGAGGAGCGGCGCCAGCGCCUGCGCCUGCAGAACCUCGCCGCGCUCAAGGAGCAGAUACAGGCGCACGAGACUGCCAAGAUAAUGGAAGCGGAGCGCAUAGAGGAGGAGAGCAUCCGCGUGAACCAGGCCAACAUCGCCAUGCAGAUCGACGAGGCGCAGAAACUCAAGGAGAAACACCAGAGGCAGCACAAGCUUAAAGAGAUGCUGGAUCAGGGUAACGCGGAACUCCUGUACUACAAACAACUACAAAACGAGGAGGAACGCAUCAUGGACCUGCGCAUCGCCAACUUCCUCCGACAGAAGCAGGAGAGAGAGAGCAAGAACAGAGAGGAGGCAGAAGCCGUGAAAGCUGCCAAACAGAAGGGGAUCGAUCACAUCUCUAAGGCUCAGAAGGCUGAACAAGAGCUGAAAGAGGAAUUAGAACGCAUCCGCAACCUGAAGAUCCAGGAGGACGUGGAGCGCGAGUACCGGCGCCGCGAGCGAGACGCCGCCAUCAAGCGCAACCGCGAGAUGAAGCAGCUGCACGAGGCCAGGGUGCAGCAGAUCAACGAUAUCCACCGUCUGAUAGCUCGCGAGAUCGCUAAGGACGAGCAGAGCUUCAACAACGCGGCAAGACAGAACGAGGAGUACAUACGCAAGGAGAAGGAGCUGGAUGACAAACGAAAGGCACGCAUUGAGCAACAUCGUCAGGCCAUCAUGAAGCAGAUCAACGACAAGGAACGCGCCAGAGCUGAUCUCCGAGAGAAGAUCCACAACGAAGGAGUGGCGCUGCGCAUGGAGCAGGAACAACAGGAGAAAUACGAGAAAGCUAUCAUCAAGGAGAAGGUGGCCGAGAUGAGGACCCAGAAGGUAGCGGAGAAGUAUGUGAAGGAAGUGGAACAGACACUCACCAAGCACGGGUAUAACCAGUAACGUAGGGUCUUGUAGGUAAAUGUGUUGAGUGACUGUAUUUUUUUAACUAAUUCUGGAUUAAGAUAAGAGAUUUUGCGUGGGUUUUUUGUCCCCCAAAUGGUGUGACAAUUGUUUCACUCACCUGAUAAACAUUUUUUUUUCUUGUAAGAUGCGACAGGUUUUAAAUUCAUUCAAUUGAUUAAUUUAGAACGCGUAACAAAGAAAUUUCCUUUCACAAUUAAUCACCUGCUUACUGUGAUAUUGAAAAUGUAAAAUAUCCAUCGAGUGUCAUAUGAAAACGAAUAAUAUGUAACGCUCGUAAAACUAUAACAUUUUCUUUAUAUAAUUUGAGCAGGAUAUUGAUUAUUUUAAUUGAAAACUAGUUUUUGUUCUCUAUUACAAUUUUCAAGCUAUUUUUUUGUCGUAAUACAAAGCUAGGUGCACGGAUCCAAAAAACUAUGAAUAUUUACCUCAAUCAUGAUUUAUUUUAGUAUAAAGUAACUUGUGUUCACCAGUUGUAAGCUUAGGUUAGUGAUUUGAGAAAAUCUUAUUUGUGGAAAUACUUUUGAAACAAAGAUAUAAUAAUUUGUGUGGUGUGACUGUAAUGAUUUUAAAUUGUAUUAUUUA